GUACGCGUCGUCUCCCGCCUCUCCUCUCAAAUCAUAUCCACUUUUGUGUGUUCUGGUUCGUCUACACUGUCCCUCAACCUGUGUCAUCUGUAGUGCUGUGUGUCUUAGUGGUGCGCGUGUUAACCAAAGUUCCCCGUGUGUCUUAUAACCAGGAAGGUGUAUGUGUGUGUGUGUGUGUGUCUUGAUAGCCAAGUGUCGAGUCUUAAAAAUCAUCUCGGCAGAUUUGAGAUGUAACGAAAAAAAAAAAUCCUGGGACUGAACACAAUCGAACAAUGACCAAGAAAAGCCAAAUAUAUCCAAAGUGUUCGUGAACUUGACACAGAAUGAUAAGAGUGUAAAGAAAAGUUAACAUAGAGAGAAAAAGGAGUUUAGUUAGUGCUAGGUAACAACCAUCAUGUACAGAGGGAGGACGCCGAGAUGAGGCUGAAACUUACCCAGCCCAACACGAGCCACAACCGGCAGGAGACAACAUUGGUCCAUCCUGUGACGCAGAAGUCGGCAGUACAAGCUGAGGCCAUCCACUCCCCACAAGCCUCCGCCCCCAGGUUGGAGGCCACGUUACCAGCGCCCAACACCAACACCCUCAACAACCAUGAGGCCAAGAGAGGGGGUGUCCGUCGACGGUCUGGAGGGUCGUGGGUGAAGACUCCUGGUGUGCGGCGGCCCCAUGUGUCGGCCGUGACCCUGCAGGGGUGGCUCUACAAGCAGGGUGCUGACGGCCUUCACCUGUGGAAGAAACGCUGGUUCGUCCUCUCCGAGUACUGCCUCUACUACUACAAGGGGCCGGAGGAGGACAAGGUGUUGGGUUCGCUGCCGCUGCCAUCGUUCAAGAUCAGCCCCGUAGACUCCGAGGACCGGGUGUACCGCAAGCAUGCGUUCAAGGCCGAGCACCAGAACAUGCGCACCUACUACUUCGCCGCCGAGACCAAGGACCAGAUGGCGCAGUGGAUGAACGCCCUCUCCCUCGCCUCCAUCCUGCAGAAGGACACCACCCUGGAGGAGAAGUGGAGCAGCGGGAGCAGCGCCCGACGCAGCGAGAGGCCGUCUGUGUCGUCUCUGGCGUCGACGGCCUCGCCCUCGGCAGACGAGAGCGACUCCGGUUUCCACGGGUACCGCUCCCGCAGGUACCAUCGGUCACCUGACGGCAGGUCCCUCGACGAGGCAAGUGAGUCGUCACGUGUGCAGGGUGAUCGACUGAAUACAUCGUGUGAUUCAUCUGUAAUCUUACGGCCUGGGGACCGCCAGCCUCUUUAUGCCAAUGCACCACCCAAACCUAAGCGUUUAAACUCAUCCCGGGAUUAUAGUACCUCUCCAGAACGAUCGCCAGAACGAGACGAACGGGAUCCACGGACAUACACUGAUCAUGGUGGUGGUGGUGGUGGGAAUGGCACAGUUGAAUCACGCACUCCAGAUGGUCGAGGUCUACACUAUCACCCUCCUGCCGCUGAGCGAAGGACGCCAGAUGCAUAUGGGGUGACAGCAGGUGGAGGCCGUGGAGACUAUGAAGAUGUUUAUGGGGACAGUAACGGGUCAAACUCUAUUCCUCAUAGCCCUGUUCGAAGACCGGACCAGCGAGAUUCUUUCGCUUCUUCAAGAAGUGGUGGAACAAGACUGUCUGAAGAGCUACAGCUUUCAGAACCAGUAAGAUCAAACUUUUGUCGGCAAGACGACACUCUUCCUCGAGUCUCUCAUCCGGACUCUCAUCACCGUCACCGCCCACCGGGACCUCCUCGCCCACAUAGUGCAGAUUUCCUCGACUACGACCGCAGGCACGGUAAUAGCAACAUGUGGUCUUAUCGGCGUGGUAGUGGUGGGGAUCUUCCUAGACCUGAUGAAGUGAGACCAAAGUCUUCAGUUGGUCAGAGUGAGUUAGACCACUGGUCGGAGGAGAACUAUGCUCAGAAGAUGAGACAGUCAUCGCUGUACCAUUCGCACAUGCACAGUAGAUCUGCUUCACGAUAUUCUCCAGCAGGACGAGGAGAAAGUCCAGGCAGUGAUCACCAUCAUGUACAUAAUCCCCUUGGGGGUGUACCUCAGCGUGUACCACCUGCUGGUGCUACCACACCUGACCUGUACACUCCACAUAAACCAUCUACCACCCCUACACCUACCAGUUCUACUAAUAGUUUAAGGCGUGGUGCUGCCACCCAAGAUUUAAAAGAAAUUCCGAGGCAAGAAAGUGGUCAAGAUGCAUGGUCAGAUCUCAGGCAGUUUCCCAGACAUGACCCAAGACACGUGCCUAGGCAAGAUGGUCGACAAGACAGAAGACCAGAUACAAGGCAGAAUCACCGGCAGGACCCCUCUCUCGACCCUCGUCGGACAUACAACCACGAGGAGCAGCUCUAUAAACACGAGACUUCACCGAAUACUACUCUGAACAGUGUUCCUACACCACCAGGCAGUUACCCUAAUAGUGCUUCUCCAAAUGGUAGUGUCAAUAACAAUUUCAUGCGAUCAGCGUCAGCAAGGUUACCUCGUCAUCGGUUACAGGAUGAUAUGAUGAAUACUUCUUUGCCAGAUGAUGGCUCAGAUGGAGACAGCAAGAAGCUGCAACAGAGAGAAGAAUCCAUGAAAAGACUGCUUGAAUGGAAGCAACGCAUGCUACAGUCUCCUUUAACACGCAAGACUAAUUCUCGUCCAGAUGCAACUGCUAUGCCGCAGCCCCGGACAAACAAUGAGGCAUAUAGACAACAGGUGCUGAAUGAACUGGUGACUCAAGAAGCCAGAACAAAAGUUAUGCAAGGUCAUGCUCACUCCCAGAGUCUUUUACUUGGCAUGGAGUCAGGACUAAAGUCAUCUUUGGGAUCCAUGGCAGGCAUGCCCCAUGGUUACCCAGCAAGUGCAGUGCCAGGUCACCCCCAGGGACCAUCAAAUCAAACUGAUUGGGUAACUUGUAAUCAUCCUACAAAUCAGGGACCCAUGAACUAUGGUUCUGUGAAUCAGGGUGCUAUAAGUCCAGCCAGUGCAAUGCUUAUUGAGAGGCCAGCCCCUCAAGGUGGCUCAUCACACCCGGGCUCAGAUAGCAGUAGUAACAAGAGGCGAGAAGGACGAAGAGAGAACUCUAGGACCCGGCACGUCAGCGGAGGUGACCCACGAAGAUCCACUUCGGCCUCACGAUACAACAGCUAUUCAUCAGAUGAAGAUGAUAUGUUGGAGGAGCGUGAAACACGAAAAAGGACCAGACGUAACUCUCGAAGGAGCAGUGCUGACCUGAGCCGCGAUGGCCGGAGGAUUGGAUCUGCCUUAGAGGGUAGGGGAUGUGAUCCUGAAGAAAGAUCUGAAGACUUUAGAGAAAGUUCUAGAGAUAAUGUGAGUGAGAACAAUAGUGACCACUAUGUGCCCCAACAGUUACCUGCUACAGAUACUACCAUGUCAUGCCCCGAUUAUGUAAACAUAAACAUUGUAAAUGAAGUACGUGAGGGUAAACACUUCAGCACCCCCAGGGGGACCACAAAUAUUUCUGAUGUUGAAAAUUUGUACAAUGAGCGGACAGUGAGUCAGAGAGCUGAGCCAGUUUUUAUUGAAAAACAUGAAGAAUAUGAUGAAGUGCGAAAGUAUGAACUACGGCAACUGGAAACAGAAAAACCAUUGAGUGUUUCCAGAAAGAAUGAACAAAGUUAUGUGUACAGUGAUCAGUUUUAUGCAACGAGAGACCCGUAUUAUGUGUCCGAUGUACAAAUGCCGGCCAUGAAUGAUACUAAAUUUGAGGAAGAAAAAACUGCUAAUUGCCCUAUUAAUAUGGGGUUAAGCAAGGACUUAAAUACCUCGUACGAUACACAGAAUUCUUCACAAAACAAAUACCAAUUAAACAGCAAUUUCUAUGAACAGAGAGACAACGAAGAAGAAAGAGGACCGACCACUGAAGCUAAUACGAGUUUUCUUCACAGCACAUCAGGAAGAGAAGAAAGUCUUGAAAGUUCAGUGGGCUACUCUUCAUACGACUCCCAUGCUGCCCACAAAGCAGAUGGUGUCAACUUGCACGUGUCCCAAAGAAGUGUCUUACAAGAUGAUACCACAUCCACUGGUAAAUACUCGGACAGUGGUUACGAUACCUUGCGGGCUGAAAUGUCUCUUCGUCGAGAUGAAAAGAUAAAUGUCAGAGGAGGUUCUUUGUGGAGUCCAGAUAGUUUAGAAAGCAGCCCAGAAUGUUCCAGUGUCGUCCGUAGGCGAGGCUAUGAUCGUGCUGGGAGACGGCCAGAAACUUGGAGCCCAGAAAAGUUUGAUAGAUCAUGGGGAACGAUGGGCCCAGACUUAAAAUCAAAGGUUGAUGAGUCGAAGGUUGUUAAAGAAUAUAGCUAUGAAUACAUCACCCCAGAGAAGAAUCGCGAACCAACACCACAAGAGAACUUUAAAAACAUGUCCAAUUCUCUGAAGAAAUCCACGCCUAUUUUGCCUUGCUUAGAGAGUCCAAAGAUAGUGCAGGAAACUCAACAUCAGACACAAAGUCAGAUGAACCUAGUUCAGGACCGAAUAAAGAAAUUCACUGGUAAGGCUUUAGAUACCAAAGAAAAUCAUGUAAAAAGUAUUGGAGAAUCACAAAUCAACCAAUCGAGACAUAAUGAAUCUAAGUCCAGAGUAGAUAAUCAGAUGACCAAUGUUGAUUGUAUUGAGCAUCCUGGGAACAUAAUGAGAGAACCACUCAAAGAACCUUUAAAACCUAUUGCACCUCAAGUCAGAAGUUCAGAAGCACUUGUUUCUCCCCUGAAGGCUGAGUUUGCAACCUCAGAGUCCACUAUGGUCACUGCUCAAGAGGCACAGGUCAAGAAUGUGUCAGAAUACAAGAGAAGAGAUGAGCUGAUUGGGGCUUCAGCCUCUGAGGAAAGUCCUUCAACAAGUCUCAGGUACAACUCAAGUUCAGAACCUUCAAGUAUAGAGUACAGAGAACUGAGAAGCCCACAAGAUAUUAUGGACUCGAGGCUGAGCCGAACAAAUAUUAGAAAAUUUUUGUUCGAUGAUGAUAACAAACCCGAAGAACUGAAACAUCAUGAACAGCCGAUUAAUCCAAUCAAGCCUCCCGUCAUGAAGAAACCAGCACAGCCACGGUCAGUGAAAGCUCUUCUUAAGAACUUUGAAGAGAGAUCAAUAGAACACAUGGAGAGAGUCAAUAUGAAUCAAGAUGUGUCAAGGAAAAAAUUCCACAGUGAUUCAGAAAUGUUGUCAAAUGAAAGUUCAAGUGAUGAAGGACAGUGUGAAGAUGUUUAUACUCCUGGGUCAGAGAAAGUAGCGUUGUCUUCCGCGUCUUCUGUGUUAGCUGAACUCCGAAGGUCUGCAGAUGGUAAAAAGGAUGAUAUGGUUCCUCUUGUUCCCCCACCUCGACCACCAAAGAAACCAACUUUAGGGGGAGAUAUGGAUGCAGUAGUAACCCCUGGAUAUCUGAGGCUGAGUUUGGCAGAGUCCAUACAGGAGUCUCUUAAAGUUCAAGAGGACAGUGAUAGUGGAGGUGAAGAGCCUAGUUGGAUGGACACUACUCUUAAUAGUGAGCAGGAGAAACACAACUAUCCACUUCCUGAUAAUGAUACUUCCAUCAUUAUUGACCUUGAUAAACCUCCAGAGGAGGAAGCUCCUCCACCUCCAAUGUUUCCUCCUUCGUGUGACCCUCAGAGCCCUUUAAUGCGGCCUAAUCCAUAUACAGAAGAAAACUACUUGCCCAUGAGUCCUCCUAAAAAACUUGGUCAGGGAUCAAGUAUUCUUGCCCCUGCCAGCUCAUGUAGUAGUCUCAGCAGUAAACACCUCCCCACACCAGAACCUGUAUAUCCAGAUGCCUUUGCAAAAACUGAGUAUGAGGAACACACAUAUAUUGAGAUGAGUGGAGACACAUCAUCCAACAGUACCUCAAUCCUUGCAUCAGGUGCUCCCCUUCCUCCCAGAUUUGACUUCAGUAAAAUUACUAACGAGCAGCUCUUCGCUCCAGAGAGCCCAAGAUAUUAUGAGAUAGGUGACAAAGAUGACCCUCAGCACUAUGAAUACAUAUACAGAGGACAGUCACAUUAUGAGGCUAUAUAUAUGGAAGUUCCAAAUUCAGAAAAGGAAGGCCCCUUGGAAGAGGAAAAACCUCAAAUUCCAGAAAAACCUGAUGAUCUCAAAGCACAGUCAAGCACUGAUAGACCUUAUCCAUCAGAUUCUGCUUUAAACUCUUCACUCAGUAAGCUGGAUCUGAAAUCUCCGUCUAACGCUUCUUCUGAUGCAGAUGACGAAGCCUCAAAGGACCUAGACAGCCUCGAGCCUCCUCGCAACCCACGUUUCAGUUUAUCCGACACUUUCAGGCCAGCAUCAUAUUACCUUAGUGGGGCAGAGCCAUCUAGUGAUCCAGAUGCCCAGGACUCCUCUGAUUCUGACCUUGUCCCCCCACCUCCUAUACCGAUGAGUCCACCACCAAUGGAUGAGCUGGACACUGGAGGUCCCAAAGCUAAAAACUUUGAUUUUGAAAAUCUGGAAACUCCAGAUCCUCCCCCACACUUACGAAAUGCUCUGAGCUCUUCAAGGUCAUUGAGGGUCAGUCAGAGCAGCCUUAGAGAAGAUCUGAAUUCUUCACGGUCUUCAAUAGGAAAAGAUAGACGAUUAUAUGAAAAAUCUGACUCAUCAACUAGUCUUCAUACAGAUAAGCUAAAGAGAAGACCAGUUUUUGAGGAAACACUUGAAAGUCUACACGAUGAUGAUAGCUUUAUCCUAAGGUCUGAGGACAGAUAUCCAGCAUCAGCAGCAUACCCAGAGGACUGUACAAUGCCUGCAACCGAGAAGAAAUUCCAGAGGGACAGACGGAAACCUUUCCCUCAGUGUGCUGAAGACAUACUUCUUCCAGGGGACAAACAUGAACCCUCUGCCAGACCAAAAUCUGCUUUGGAUCACAAUUCUUCCUUCCAAAGUAAUUUAGAUACUUCUUAUUCUUCCAGUAAACCUGAAAAUCCAUAUGUAAAUGAAGGCUUUCAGCAUAAUGCCCGACCACAUAUCAAUUCAUAUCAAAAUGUGCCCGUUGGUAGAGAGUAUUGUAAUGUUCCUCCAAAUGCAAAGAUGUUUUUACAACCAGAGAGAGAGAGAUCAAACUCCACUGGAUCACGGCCAAAGUCUCCUGAUCCAUAUGCAGAACGUAGUGAGCUCUCAGCUUACCAAAAUGUUCCUGCACCAAGAACAUCCCUGUUGAGAAAGAACUCUCCCCAGACAAUGCCUGGUAAUGCUGAACCAACAGGGUCACCUAUGAUUGAUGCACUUCGUGGGGUGCACAGCCCUGUAGCUCAUCUCAAUGUGAGUCAUCAACGAACAUCAUCAGAAACUUCAUCUCGGAGUGUGGUGAGUCCAACAGCUAGUGUUGUGUCAGGUGGGGGCAACAUGGCUCCAGUUCACUUGAGAGCAACCUCUAAUGCAUCUGUGGGCAGUGAGACCAGUCCACGCUCUGCGCCUUACUACUACUCUGAUGUAAUUCGUGAUGAUGGGGUAACAUUACCGGAGGACAUGAUAGGCACUCCACGCUCACGAUCAUAUCAACUAAAUAAUCAGCGUGAUCUUGAGGCAAAUAAAAGGCAAGACAUUGGAAGAAAAGUCAAUCAGAUUACUAGUGCUUCAGACUUUGAACAAAGACGCGAGAGGCUCGCACAUGAGUUGAGAACUUCAGUAGAGUUUCUAGGAGGCAAGACAGUGUCAUCCCCAGAUGAACGUAAUGUUUAUGACUCUGACACCCUAAGAAAAAUGAAACGACGUGCAUAUACUCCAGACCCAGAACUAGAUGCCAAAAAUGUUUUCCCUCAUGGUCUCUCAAUCAAAACUGACAGCCCUAUUUCAGGCCCUCCGGUGGGCCACCGUAGAACUCGGUCUUUAGAGGGCUUGCUUGAUGACCCACCUCGGUCAUUUGUGGGAGGGGCCAGUAAUGUACCAGCUCCUAUGGAUAUGAAGCAGGGCUGUGCUAGUGGGCUACCUCAGACAUCAAACUGGGCAAAGCCUGUAGUUCCACAGAUUGCCUCAUCUGUGCCACUUGGCAUGAGAGCAAGCCCAAAUAGUUCUCUUCAUUCUGAUCCAUCUUCACCUCCACCUGUUACACUUACUCCUCAUCGUGGGGCGUUCUCACAGUUGACUAGUCAACGAGCUUCUGUUAGUAGUCUGCAUAGCAGUGGAAGUUUGCCUCAGAGGGCCACCUCACCAUAUGCAACUUCACCUUUACCAAUGUCUCCUAUGCCUCCUUAUCAAGUGGGUAAACGUGACAGUUUAGUAAGUAAAGAAAGUUCUGCUAGUCGUGUUUCCUACCAUGACUCACACAGUCACCUCGACCUUCGCAGUCCUACCAAUCACGACACUUUGCCAGAGGAGCAGGACUGGGAAGAUGAUAGCCAGUGGCGGGAACAGCUUCGCCGUGCCUCCCUGAGACACACUCGUUCACUGGAAACCCUGGACGAAGGGCGACCAAGACGGCCAGGUGAUGGCAGUAAUGAGGGCAGGCCACCCGCCAGACUGAGUGUACCAAACAAACCAUCACAAGUUGCAGAAGAGACAAACCACCAAAGACUGCAGCAGCUCCACCUAGACGAGUACACAGUGGACUACCGAGAGGGACGCAUUAACACUAACCAGUACAGAAACACUGGUGGCCUACACUCUGAGACUCUUGAAAGAACCCGACGAGGCCUCACGUGUUUAGAAGGUUAUGAAUGGGACGAAGCGGAAGAAAAAUUCAAGAAGCCCAUUCAGUUGGGACGUCUCCAGCAGCCACUGCCACAACAGCCACCAAGUAAUAUGCCUCACCAGCCUUUUUUAGCCGACGGCCUCCCGCCUUCACCCGAGACGGAGUGCGAGGACCAGCGUCAGUGCCAGCAGAGCCCGUCGCUGCCCCCCGCCCCCGCCCCGCCUUCACCACGCCCGCAUCUGCAACAGCCUUUUUUAGCGGGCGACGGUGAGGGCUCGGAGGCGUCCUCGGGGGUAGGAGGGAGGCCCCCAGGUGAGGGUGAGAGGCAGCAGCAGGAGCUGGCUGCCUCACCCACGCCGCCCCCAGCACCGGACAGCACCAUCAUCAUCACCGCCCAUCCCGCGCCUGAUGUCAUCCCACCACAAGGUAAGUAACCAAUACACACAACA